AUGAUCCUACCUAGCACAGUGACCAAUAAAUUAAACUCUGCAAUCAAAAAGUGUUUCAAAAGUAGUGUAGGAUUUCAAUCUUCUCUACCAGAUAGUAUAUUACACUCUCAUUGGGGAUAUCGUAUAUUCAAUAUAGAGGAUCGACAAUUACAACUACAUGCAACAGAAUUAAUGAAUAGAUUAAAUAUGGAUAACGAAUGCGGAGUCACUACCAGAAUCAGAUUACAGUAUUUACAAAAUAGAAUAUGGUCUGAUGAACCCAUAUGGCAAUUAUCUGCUGAAUCUUGGCACAAAUUUACACACCUGGGACUAAAUGGUCAGAUACUGGCUUUAUUGGCAGAAAAUGAUAUUAAUUUUAACGUUACUACGCAAAAUCAAUUUCCAAUUUGUCCUAUUGGCGGUAAUAUUUCUAUAAGCAAGUUCAUGAACUCUGUAACCUGGUAUAAUAUUAAUAGAGAAGCUUGUAGAAAACAUAAAGUAUUAUUUAUCGAACAACUUAUAAAUGCGGACAUGACAAAAACCUUGAAGUGGUUAAACAUUGAUCAAGUGAAACCAACUAGUAUAAUACCUUAUUGGUUUAAUGAAGUUUGUGCGGAAAUUAAUACUAGAUGGGAAGAAAUAACUCAGUCAGCUGACGUUAAUCCAUUUAAUCGAACACAACCUAUAGCUCCAGAGAUAAUUAAGAAACAACUAAUGGUAGCAACUAGUUCUAAAAACCAAGUAUUAAUAGGCAGAGUAUACAAAAACCCAAGGAAGUUAGAUACUACAAUUCCUAUUAGACAUUAUGUAACAGAUGUGAUGGAUGAUAUUAGAGGUUCUCCUAUAGCACCUUGUGAUGGAUGUGAAUUUAAUGAGGUACGAACCAAGGGACUUAUUACACAAGAUAAAGGUGAAAAAUUGAAGGGAUGUAUAUUUGAUGUAAAUAUGGAUGACAUAUAUACUUUACCAUGUCGAAAAUCAGUGGUAUCCCUCAGUAACAAAAACGAUCGUAGACAACGUAACAGAUUAUUAUUAUCACCUUUUUCAAUGAACACAUUUAUUAAACAAAGUAAAUCUUUGGAACAAGAAAAUACAAUUCAAGAUAUAACACCUAACAACAGUUAUUGGAAUGGAAUUUUAACCUUUCCUAUAGAUAUCCAAAAGAAAAUUGAUGAUAUACAAAUCUUACUUGUAAAUCAAAAAAACAUAAGUGUAUACACCGAUGGAUCUCUAUCAUCAAAGGAUCAACUAAAAACAAAAUAUACGUUACAAACGGAUAAAAGUAAAGUAAUGAGUUUUGGAAUUACAUUUGACAUUUCAGAAAUAGACACCCCAAUAGAUAUCUGUGGAAGGAUAGAAGAAAUAUGUAGUAUAAAUGAACAACAAUUGAGAGAUAGAAAAGCUUUGUUCAAAUGGAAUAACAAAAACAUUGAUACCUCCAUUAAAGAGUUCAUAAAGAAAAAAUCAGAAAUCAAAUGGCUAGUAAAAUGGCGUACACAAUACCGUACUAAUAAAUGGGCAAAUCAAUAUAUAGUUAACUCCACUGAUUGGAUAUCCACCUGGGAAUUCAUACAUGAUACCAAAAUAGUAUCAAAUUAUACUAGCACUGAAGAUCAAAAAUAUCGUUCAUUUAACAUUAAAAUAUUAAAUGAUGAGUUACCUGUAAUGAACAAUUUAAAUCAAAGAAAACCUACAGUGUAUACAACUAACAAAUGUUCCUUUUGUAAAACUCGGAUAGAGGAUUCAAUACAUCCCUUUUUAUGUGGAGAGCAAGCAGAAAAGACAAAAUCGAAAUUCGAAAGUAGCCUAUUAGAUACAAUACUGGAUCACAAGGGUAGAGAGAUGGCUGACAAAGUAAAACAUGACCUAAAUAACUUUACGAACUUUAAACUAGACAUUCCUCAACAAAUUAAUGGAACUUCUCCAACUGACACAUUUGGAUUAAUAGAUUAUAUUUGA